GUUCUAUCUUAUGAAUACUGAGAAGAUGAAAAUGGUCUAAAUAGACUUCUUGCUAAACCGGGCGACGAGAGGCGUGUCUGUCGAGCGAAAAAUGUCUGAAGUAGCUUAGUCAGCCUCUUGUCACGACCCAGGUCGGUAUUUGCCGUUUGCACCAGUCUGUUGGUGGGGCUCUGCCAAAAAUUUUUGAGCCGAGAGUGAGUGAGCGUGGAAUAACAAAAUCCAAGAUGGCCGACAUCAGCUCGAUAGAGCUGCAGGAUUACCAGCCCGGCCCAGUGGUCAUGGGCGCGUUGGGGCAGGGCGAAUCAGGGUUGCGGCAGAGGACGGCCAGAAGUAACUCGAAUUUCUCCGAGCUGACGGCUGGUAAGUAUGGGAAACGUCACUUUAUCGAUUGUGCUAAUGCUGCGCAUCCUGUUCCUGACAUUGUCGUAAGUGCGGCCUGUGAAGAGUGAUGUUUUUGAUGUAAGUCUGUCUCUAAGUCAUGAUAUCAAGACCACGAAUUCUUUUUCUUACCACAUCCUUCAUCACCCAACCGCCUUUCAGACCUCCCGCUACCCUUCGAGACGUACUCGAAAAUGGACGUUCUCACGCAACGGGAGCGCAUUUGGAUUUCCCGCCUCGUCGUUACCAGUCUGCUGGACGUGCCGAUCAGUUUUUUCGUCUCCGUCAUUGCUUUUUCUACCGCUUACAAGGACAUCGGCGUUUCCCUCUACUGCAUCGGCAUUCAGGCCCUCGCACACUGUCUGGCGUCUUUUUGCACGGUGUGCCGGUUUUACAAGGAGAGCAGAUGGGGGAAGUACGGGGAACGCGAUGGGAGGGCGAAUAGUACCUCGACGUCCGGGGAGACGAAUAAAUCUGCCGUGACUUCUAGUACUUUGUCAGAGGAAGACCCCGAGGAUGCCGACGCCGAGGACGCGACGCUGCUGACAGAACGUAGAGAUCGCAUUCGAUUCUAAAUUUUUCCGCCACGCAAAGUUGAUUCAUGUGCAUAAUAUGGGAUAAAUAUAGAGGAGAGCAACAACAAAUGCAAAAACAAAAUGCAAAACUCUACAAUGCAGGGCGCAAAGAUCUUUUCCGGGAGCAGAUUCUUUCUAUCGCGAUUGGCUGCACCAUGCUGCUUUCUUCUGUGGCGCUGCUGUUCAAAGCGGCGCGCAAGUACAAGUUUUGGGACAAGUGGUAUGAGGACCACCAGCAAGCUGACGAAACGAUCACGAUCGUCUGCGAGGUGCUCGCGUGGAAGGCAGGUGCGCUCUACUUCCUCCACGCAGGCCUGCGGUUUCUCGCCCGACAAGACACCAUCGGACACAAGUUCACGAACCACAUUUUUUGGGUGUCGGCCGUCAGUUCCAUCUACUGCUUUGUCCUGGGCGUGUCGGCGAGGUAUAAUUGGCCGCGGGAGUUUUUGCUUCGUACGAUGAAAAUGAUGAAUAAAGUUUCUUUGUAUGUCCGGAUCAGGUCAUCGUCAUACUGCAGGGUCAGGCUCAGGGAGUUUAAGUAAGUACUUGCAGACGAUCUAAAAUAAACCGUAAACUACAGCUACCAAAAGGAGUGGAGUUGGAAGGCAGAGCCGAUUGCAGCGACGGUAUUGGCAUUGGGGUGCAUAUUGGAGGGGAUACGGAUUUGCUACGUGUACGCCGAUGAUGUCGAUGAUCUACUGAGAAAGCACAGUCGGGCGUGAUUUUGGUUUGGAUCCCAAAUGUGGAACAAUAAUUAGAGGCAGAUGUUGAUGUGAGUGACAAGCUGCCCACCUGAAAGGGGCGGAUAAAAUGUUGUUGCCUGAUGUCUCUCCCGCUAUUUAUCUUUUGCGCUGAAUACUUCGAUUGCCAUUGCACCCGUCAUCCGAUUUGCAGCUUCAAUGCUGUGAGUACGUGACUUGUCCGCGGACCCCGCGGGCGCGAAGCGGCGUUGCCACUUUACGCAAGCAAACUGUUCGGAAGAUGAAGGUUCCAGUAGAUUUGGUGUCGGGAUAAUCAUC